UUUCAGUCAGCAGAGGGGCAGAAGAGCCCAGCUCUGUGUCUAUGAAGAGUGACCAGUCCAUGGAGAUCCCAUUUAAGUUCAGCAGAAGAGCGCAGCUCUGUGUCUAUGAAGAGUGACCAGUCCAUGGGGGUCCCGUUUCAGUUCAGCAGUUCACCAGAUUCCACAGAAGCUGCACUGCAGACUCUUACACAUACACUGAGUACAGGGACUGGAGAGCUGCAGCAGGAUUCUUACCAACCAGUGGGUGAUGUCCUGCAGACAGUCUUAGAAAAACACAAAACCACCCAGAAGAGCAAGUAUGAGAGCUUAUUUGAGGGGCUCAAAACACAAGAAAAUAAAACUCUCUUGAACAGGAUUUACACACAGCUCUACAUCGUAGAGGGAGAGAGUGAAGGAGUGAAUGAAGAACAUGAGGUUUUACAGGUGACGAAAACAUCCAGGAAACACUUACAAAACACUCCAAUCAACUGUGUAGACAUCUUUAAACCUCUACAAGGCCACUGGACUUUGAACAGUGUGAGAAAAUAUCUGACAUCACCAUGACAUCAUCAGUGGGUGUGUUGAUGACCAACCUCAUCAAUGGAGAGCUGCUUCCCUCUGGCCUCAUCUGGAUAACCUCUCGACCAGCAGCAGCCAAUCAGAUCCCUCCUAAAUACAUCGACCGUGUGACAGAGAUUCAAGGAUUCAGUGACCCACAGAAGGAGGAGUACUUCAGGAAGAAGAUCAGUGACCAAGACCAAGCCAAUAAAAUCAUCUCCCACAUUAAGACAGCGAGGAGCUUCCAUGUCAUGUGCCACAUUCCAGUCUUCUGCUGGAUCUCAGCCACUGUUCUUCAGAAAAUCAUCAAACAACAUAACACUAAAAUCCCUAAAACUCUGACUGAGAUGUACUCGCACUUCCUGAUCACUCAGACAAACGUGAAGAACGAGAAGUAUGAGGAGAAAGAUGAGAGAGACCCAAAGAACCUGCUGGAAUCCAACAGAACCAUUCUUCUGAAAUUGGCUGAACUGGCUUUCAAACAGCUGAUGAAGGGCAAUGUGAUGUUCUAUAAAGAGGACCUGAGAGAGAGCGGCAUUGAUGUAAAGAUGAGAUCUUUAGGGAGGAAUGUGUCCUUCACCAGAGGAAGGUCUACUGCUUCGUUCAUCUGAGCUUUCAGGAGUUCCUGGCCGAUGUCUUUGUACAUCACUGCUAUGAGAGCAAGAACAUGGAGAUACUUAUGUAUAUUAGACCACA